AGAGCAUUUUGCAUUUAGGAAGAAAAUAACCGAUAGUUUUUUUAUUGUAACAGUUUGAAAUUUUCAGGUGCAAAAAUAUGUUUUGCUGCCUUAAAAGUUGUUUAAAUGGCGUGCUACCCCAACAGACGGUACAAAUUCGCAAGGAACAUGAUCCUAUUCAGCUGGAUACUGCACAUAUGGGUCACGAAGUAGUCGUAAUAAAAGGUGGCCAAAGGGCAUGCGGCUCAGGUGGAGUUAUCGCAAACACACCGUUGCUACAAUCAAAAUCCUACUUUGAAGUAAAGCUUCAGCAAGGUGGACAGUGGUCGGUUGGGUUAGCUACGUUACAAGCAGAUUUAAAUCAGUCGAAAGGUGGUUUCGAUAAAGAAAGCUGGUGCCUAACAUCGGACAACGUAGUUUAUCAUAACGCAAAACCACUACACCGUCUGCAGAGCAAAACUACGGAAGAGCGUCCCGCGGACUCAGCAGGUUUACCGAAAUUGGAAACUGGAAUCAACUCGGUGUUCGCGAACGACACAGGCCUUCCUCAGGAAGGUGACACCAUUGGUGUCGCUUAUGAUCAUGUAGAACUAAAUUUUUACCUGAACGGAGCCAACCUUAACGUUCCAGUGCUCAGUGUUCGUGGAACUGUUUUCCCCUGCAUAUUUGUGGACGAUGGAGCUAUCCUGGACAUCGUGCUGAACAACUUUCAGUUCAGUCCUCCCCCAGGAUUCGAACGAAUUCUCAUUGAACAGUCGCUUCUGUGAUUUUCCACAAGUUUUUUAUUUAAAAUGUAACGUAAGGUCCAAUUAAUCUACUCUCUCAAUUUAAUGAAUGAUCGUUCUUUCCAAAGAGCACGCUUUAAUGACUGUUCAUGUUGAUGAUUGUUAUGUUUUACAGUUUAUCUCAUCUGUAUUUAUAUGUUCGGUUUUUAUGUGCAUAUUCAAAUAUAAUUGACAAUUUUUCGUUUAGUAAGUUAAAAAAUCAACCAAACUAAAUUGAUUGUGUUAAGUAAAUUAUAUAACAAGCCUAAUAAAUAAAAGACUUAUUACUUAUAUCAAACGUCCAAUAGUAGGUGCAAAGAACAAGAAACAAAAUUAAUGGAGAAAUAUACCUAAUUGCAUGUUUUGAUUACUGAUCCAGUCACUUCAUCCUUCACAUAAACUGCUGUAAAAAUUUGGUUGAUAAUAUUAAUACAAGUGUCAACCAGCUUUUUGCUUUAUUAACUUUGUUAAUGGCCUCAUGGCAAAUAAGCAUUUGUCAAAAAAUGACAUGUAUCGAUUGUUAGCAAAUAGUAUUUAUACGACUAAACCCGACUAAGCUAUUAUAUUAUUAUUAAUUAAAAAGUUAUUGAUU